AAGCACGACGCAUCGUCACCGUUCGCCCCCAAAUCACCACGACCUCCAGCCAAACCCCUGAAACCCAAGCCAGCUAUGCCCCCCAAUCCGGCCAAAAGCACUGACAUGCCUAGUAAGGACAUUGGGUUGUCAGAGAAGGGACCCGCCCCUGAGAUAAUCGAACCCACUCACUCCAGUGCAUCCGCAAACACACCCGCAAACACACGGGAAGCUGCAGAUACGGAUACGUCUACUCACAACACAGAGACAAUCACACACAAGAACACUCCUCCAACUACACCAGCCAAGCCAAACAUCCCGCGCAAACCCUCGAUCGCUGGGAAGUCGGGGCCUCCGCCGGUAGCCCCCAAACCAGAUGCACAUCUGGCAAAUAUACGCCAG